CAUUACCCAUUCACCAAAGCAAAUACUGUAUCCCUUGAGUGCCCUACCAUGUAGCUGAUGACCUCGUAAUGUACACACGGCUUGUGAAAUCCCACCCGUUAUAUUUUCAUGUAGAUGUACACGCCCUUACAGCAACACAACAUGCACAAGUAUGGUCGGCUAUAUGCUGGGGGAUUAGAAAGAGUGACGAGGUAAUUUUCGCUUUAUCAUGGCGAAUAGAUGAUGUUUGUGUGUGGAAGAUUCUGAACUGGAAUCUUUAUCUGUGUCUCCGGCAUUAAUGUUUUAGAAUUGCUGUAGGGUGGUUUAUUUGUGUCUGUUCACAAGGAUUAUCUACAUACCAUGGAGUAUCACACUGCCGCAGUGACUGGAUUGUUAUAUGUGUUGGUGAUUCAGCUGUCUACAGAGGCAAGCACAAGAUCUCCAGUUAGGAAACCAGUUCUAGAGACUUCCCAGUCAAGACCCACUGACGGGGACCAGUAUACGUUGAUAUGUAAUUAUGAUGGGAGAACGGCCGAUGGGGACUUUGCUGUUAUGCAAGUAUUUUGGUACAGAGACAGCAGUCACGUGUUCACGUCACCAUCGGGGAGAUUGGUACCAGACAAUGCAUCUGAUCUAGACGGGCGUGUCAGUGUGAGAACUACUGCUUAUCAACAUAACAUAACCAUCAGCAUCAACGCCAGCAUAGACAAUGGCUCCGUGUGGUGGUGUGGGGAUGAAGUGACAAGGCAAGACAGCAACAACAUCACAAUCAUUAUCAACACUGAAGAGGAAACACCAGCCUCGACAUCAUCGUCAACAGCUGCUACAGUUGCAUCGUCCACGACAUCGUCCACGACAGAAGACGUGACGACAUCUACAACAGGUUCCUCCGGUGGUGUGGGGGAUUUGGCAGUCACGGCAGAUAAUGAUGAUGAUGAUGAUCAGACCUCCUUCAUCUCUGCCAUAGCUGGAACAAUCGUAGCUGCUAUUGUCAUCAUCGCACUCAUCGUCAUCGUCAUGCGAACUACUUCAAGAAGAAAGGGUGACUUGCGUGAAGGUACUGACAUCCUGUCGGAGAGCUUUGAUCAUCAAGUAAAUGUUGGGUCCAAGCACGAGGGCGCUGAUGUAAAUCCUGUUUUCGAUGAUGGAAAUAUUGCGGAGGACCCUAGUUCAGUGAUGCAGGAAAACAUCCUGUACUUCCGGUCCUCUGACGUCAUAUCCCUCAGACCCGCACAGCCAGGCUCCCCCAACAACACAGAAUUAUAUGCGCAAAUAUACAAACCCAUGAGCGCCUCUGGGCAACGUGUGUCGACCAGUGAUGUGUUCGUGGAGGCCAUAUACGCUAGCCCUUUGAAGAUACCUCGAGUUCAACACCUGUCAUGAGUUUGGCUGAAAGACACUCGGAGAUGUUCCAGGAAGGAAACUUGAAUUCAUCUAUUCCAUAAAUGAUGGAGAUUUAAUUGAAAGUGUUCUGAGGAUAUAUUUGUGUUUCGUGAUCAGACAAACUUCUAUCAAGAUACAGACACAAUUACGGCGGUGCAUACCUGUCACUGGUGAGAUCAUUUUUCACUGUAUGCCUCUAUAUUUUAUCUCACCAGUGGAAGUAUUUGGCGGCCGCCAGAUAAAAUAUAGAGGUAUACAGGGAAAAAUGAUAUCGCCAUCUGGCGGCCGCCAUAUAAAAUAUAGAGGCAUACAGUGAAAAAUGAUCUCACCAGUGGCGGGUAUGGGCCACCGUACAAAAUGUCUAAAAUGUGUUUUAUGUACUUGCUCAAACGCCUAUAUCUAUAUAUUCAGUCUAGACAAGUAUGGAAAGCGUGAACAUUUGCUCAGAUUUACGUACAUGUACAUUGUCAGCAUUUAUUCCGAUAGUGAUUGUUUUGGUGUCAUUUAAUAAGCAUCGUUUGUACAUGUAAAUGUAACUUUAAACAUGAAUGCACGUGGGGACAUAUAAUGUUUAUGUUUAAUAUGACAAGGUAAAGUCUUCCUAGACGCAUUGUCAAUAUUUAAUGUAAGUAAUGUAUUCCAAUUGGGUAAACAAUCACAUGUCGUGUUUUUAAUUAUUCAAUUUCUAAGUAGAACGGUGACUUAAUGGCAUAAACCCUGCUGUGAUAUUGAUGAAAUAGUGGUAAGGGCGACGUAAAAAAUCACCCACUCACUCAAGCCUUCAUUAACUGGCUGUGAAGGUAUCACUGUUAUAAGGGAGGGAACUCGUGAAUGAUUGUCAUAUAUUUGAUGCGCACUUAAAAUAUACUUUCUCCUGUUCUUGGUACUCACGGUUGGAGAUUCCAAUACUUGCAUUCAAAAUAUCUUUGAUGAUUAAAUUUUCAGUCGUGAUUGUGAAAAUGUGUUUAAUUCCAUGCAUUCAGCUUUGCAGGUUCGCUGCUGCCUUUGCAUAGAGGACACGUG